CCAGGCCCAGUCAGGUUUCAGCAAUUCUAUGGCCGCGGAAGUAUGCAAUUCCUGAUAAGGUAGACUUUGAUAUGGACUUAUUUUAGACUCCUAGUAAUGGUCACAAACAUUUGCAUUAUUGGAGCGACUUUAUUAGGAAUUGAUGUACGAAAAUCAUAAUGUCAAAUUCAGUACUGAGACUGUCUGCCGAACCGCAAAGCCAGGAACAUACAGCGUUAAUCCGAUGGAUACAGUUCACUAGUCAUGGAUUAAUGGAAAAAUAAACGUAACACGACAUUAUUCUUCAACAGGCGGAUUACAGCGGCCCUCGUAGAGACUUAAUUGACACUUUAGAAGCGUUUACGACAAUUAGGAAGACAUAAAUAUGUUUAAUUUGGAUUCAUUUACCUCCCUCAGAGUUGUAAUAACCAUUUAAAACAUACAAAGUGAGUCCGGGCGAUUAAGCAACCGAUCGCUAGAUUAGUCUCGUGGAACGAGUUUGAAAAUAUUAUUCUCCAACAGUUAAGAUAUUUAUGAAAAUGACGUCAGAUAGAUCGUAUAAGCAGAGUGUUCCUUUUGAAUUACAAUUUUAUUCGGAGUAUAAUACUACUGAUAUGACGCAAUAUUCCUCAACUGAAUGUCCCUCCAUCGGGGAUGAGCCCCCGGGAACAGGGGGUCGCCAUAUAGCAGUGACAAUAUUGAUUACGAUACCCAUGGUGUUCAUCAUAGUCGCCGGAACUUUAGGGAAUGGAUUAGUAAUACUAAGCGUUUUCAAGUUCGAACGAUUGCGGAGUAUGGCAAAUAGAUUUAUUGUAUCGCUUGCAUUUGCAGACUUGUUAGUGUCGGCGACCGUGACGCCGUUUUCAGCGAUUAAAGAUAUCACCGGACAAUGGUAUAUGGGAGCUGUAAUGUGUGAUAUCAUACAAGCCAAUGAUAUUUUAUUUAGUACGGCUUCAAUACUACAUUUAUGCUGUAUCAGCAUUGACAGAUACAUGGCAAUUAUGUACCCUUACCAGUAUGUCAGUAGUAUGACCAAACACAGGGUUAUUAUAAUGAUUGUUCUUGCAUGGCUUCUUAGUGCUCUUCUUGCCUUUGUCCCUAUUCACACUCAACUCUAUACCGAUGACUGCACCAGAGAACGCAGACUCAAUGGGAACUAUACCGCAAAAACGUGUGACUUGAUUGUAAAUACGCCAUACGCCGUCAUCUCAUCUUCUGUCUCAUUUUGGAUCCCAGCAACCAUCAUGGUAUUCACUUACAUACGCAUAUUCAGGGAAGCCCGUGUCCAAGAAAAGCGAAUUCAUACCAUGGCAAUGAACGCUAGAAACUCUGUUGAUAAUCCAAGUAGUACGUCCAGUUCAUUUGGUGAACCACAUAGAAAUGGUAUCAACAACAACAAAGUUGCAGUAUCUCAUACUAACGGUAACGACCCGUCCAGCCCACAGCGUCUCGCGAUUAAUGCUAUAGCACGUGAUACCAAACAAGAAAGAAAGAGACUUAAACGUGAACACAAAGCCGCGAAGACACUUGGUAUGAUCAUGGGAGGAUUUAUCCUGUGUUGGCUUCCUUUCUUCUCUUGGUAUCUCAUCACACAGGGAUUCUGUCAAGGCUUCAAUACAGAAUGCAAUAUCCCAAAUGAGGUCAUAUCACUGUUCUUUUGGAUUGGAUACUUCAACAGCAUGAUCAACCCGGUCAUCUAUGCUUACUUCAAUAGAGACUUUAGAACGGCAUUUAGGAAAAUUCUCCAUUUUGACCAGUGGCCAUGUGCUCAGUCUGGCGCUACUGACGUUGGAUCAUUCUAUGAGACCACCAACGGAGCACCUCUUGCCAAUCAAACUUUGUUAAAUGUGAAUGUUAGGAAAUCAGUAUCAGUUUCGUCAUAAAUCAAAAACAUUAUUAUCCUAGUGUCACCUUUGUAACCCCCAGUAUUAUCAUAUAUCAUUGACUAUGACAAUUGUCAUAUAACAACAGUGUAAUCUUAUCUGACAGUGUUGCGAUUGUUGUUCAAAUACCGUGUCAUAUUGUGACAUAGCAUUGUCGUCCUAGUGGGACAGUGUUGUCAUCUAAGUUUGGCCGCAUUGCCGCCCUAUUUGGACAGUGUUGUCAUCUUAGUGUGGCACCAUUGUCGUCCUAGUGGGACAAUGUUGUCAUCUUAGUGUGGCCGCAUUGCCGCUCUAGUGGGAC